AUGAUUGGCUCACUUCAAUCAGCGUACCCCCUCGAUCAAGUGGACGACGUUGACCUGAAACGGCUUUGUGAAGCCCUUUGGGGGUGGGAGCUUUGCGCGAGCUGUAAAGGCGGUCAAUCUUGCAGCGGAGCAAAGUGCGCCUGGGAGCGCGCGCCCGUUUUCGCAAGCUAUUUCGCAUUUUAUAAGGAUGUGACGUCCGCCUAUGUCCCCGAGCUGCUCUACGGUGAUCAGCCGGCGCUCCGGUCGCACCAAGAUGUCGCCGACAUCAUCCGGCUGAUCAAGGAUCGGCCGGACGAGCUCCGGGCCCAGCUCACCCACCAGUAUUUCUCUCAGCGCCCGUCCAAGUCGCCCUCGUCUACCGACCAGCAUCGCGCAUUCAAUAUUGUCGUCAAAAUUAUGACCAUGGUGAACUGCUCCGCCGAGCAGCAGCCGUCCGGCAUACUUGAUUUGGGCACGGAGCUGGGAACUCAGCUAAUACCGUGGCACAACGACGCAAGCUUCUCGAGCUUUGUCUCACGCGCGUUCCCCAAAGGCGACGUAGGGGCGCUGAAUGUCUUGGAUCACGCCGGGAAGUCACGCGAUAUCCAGUCCUCGAUUACCGCGCGGCGACUGGAGAAAAUUGCCCGCCUGACUUUCCGCGGCACCGAGGAUCUCCGGAACCAUCUCAGGCUUGACUCGAAGAAUGGCGUGGUUGAAAUAUAUCACUACACUAGUGUUUUAAAGGAGCAUCUGGCCAUAGCUAAUUCACCAUUCAAAAAUAAUAUCCCAGCACAGGUCGCUCUUGAAGCGCUCCACUCGCUCCAGAUGAUUCUCUUUCCUUUUGGGACGGAUUCAGAACUGAAAUUAAGACGUCUUGUCGCGAAACAGUCUCUAGAUCCAGACUGCGUAAACUAUGAUUUUGUAGCCUACGACGAGGACUUUCCCUACCGCCACUUUGGGACUAGACUGAUGGAGCUCUAUGAUGAAGUUGAAAGCCCUAGUCCUCGAGGCAUAAUGGAGAAAUGGUUUGAAAGAAAGAGCGGCGCACGAGGGCUCAAUCCACACGAAGGUGGCGGCCAUACGAGUGACCUAGUUCUGUAUCUGAAGCACACAUCAAACCCGGCCAUCAUGGAUUUACAUGAUUUGAACGUGUCCUACAAACGCGAUACUGCCGACAUCGCGUUCGGCCCACAGGAGGAUGAUGUGUUCGACUUCACGCUCCUGUUCGAACAGGGCAUUCUGGGGAUUCUCCCUUCUGCCUUGUUCAUCUUAGUGUCCAUAGCCAGGACGAUAUCGCUAUGGCAGAGGGAGACCUGUGUGCGUGCCGGACGGCUCCUGUGGGCUAAGCUUGCAGCAGUCACAACGUUAAUUUGCUUCCGCAUUGCCCUGGUCGCGCUCUGGGCACUUCCUGGAACGGUUGGGACGCAGGUGUCACUCACUGGCUAG